GCUCCAGACGCAGGACCCCGCGAGUCUGACAUACAAAGGCCACGGCCAAGGCCCGGCCCGCGCGAGCGGAGGAGCCGCCGCCGUCCUCGGCCGCGAUCAGCGGGUCUCGGCCGCUCGGAGACCCCGGUACCCGGCGGGGACCUCGGGGACCUCCGGCCGCGAUGAGCCCCCGGCCGUGACCGCCCGAGUCCAGAACAGGCGGCGCCGGCCCAUGGCCCGGAGGUAUGAUGAGCUGCGCCACUACCCCGGCAUUUCAGAGCACACCCUGGCCAGCUUCUCAGAGGCAGCACCUUCAGUACCCCGAGCCCCUGGGCCCUAUGGCCCACACCGACCUCCCCAGCCCCAAGCCCCAGGCUUGGACAGCGACAGCUUGAAGAGAGAGAAGGAUGACAUCUAUGGACACCCCCUCUUCCCUCUCUUGGCCCUGGUCUUUGAGAAGUGCGAACUGGCCACAUGCUCGCCCCGCGAUGGGGCCUCGGCUGGACUGGGCUCAUCCCCAGGUGGCGACGUCUGCUCCUCCGAUUCCUUCAAUGAGGACAUUGCUGCCUUUGCUAAGCAGAUCCGCUCCGAGAGGCCGCUGUUCUCUUCCAACCCGGAGCUGGACAACCUGAUGGUCCAGGCCAUCCAAGUACUCCGGUUCCACCUGCUGGAGCUGGAGAAGGUCCACGACCUGUGCGACAACUUCUGUCAUCGCUACAUCACCUGCCUCAAGGGGAAGAUGCCCAUAGACCUGGUGAUCGAGGAUCGGGAUGGUGGCUGCAGGGAGGACCUUGAGGACUACGCGGCCUCCUGCCCCAGUCUGCCAGACCAGAAUAAUACAUGGAUCAGAGACCAUGAAGACAGUGGGUCUGUACAUUUGGGGACCCCAGGUCCAUCCAGUGGAGGCCUGGCCUCCCAGAGUGGGGACAACUCAAGUGACCAAGGAGAUGGGCUGGACACAAGCGUGGCCUCUCCAAGUUCUGCAGGCGAGGAUGAGGAGCUGGACCUGGAACGUCGACGAAAUAAGAAGAGGGGAAUCUUCCCCAAAGUGGCCACCAACAUCAUGAGGGCCUGGCUGUUCCAGCAUCUCUCGCACCCGUACCCCUCAGAAGAGCAAAAGAAGCAGCUGGCCCAGGACACGGGGCUCACCAUUCUGCAGGUGAACAACUGGUUUAUUAAUGCCCGGAGACGGAUUGUGCAACCCAUGAUUGACCAGUCCAACCGCACAGGGCAGGGUGCAUCCUUCAACCCUGAGGGCCAGCCCAUGACAGGCUACACAGAGACCCAGCCACAAGUGACAGUUAGGACACCAGGAUCAAUGGGGAUGAACCUGAACUUAGAAGGAGAGUGGCAUUACCUAUAGAGGUUGGGGUCAAAAGGAGGGCCUCAGCCUCUGGACUGUGACCACCAGCCUUGUAUUAAUCGGUUCCUGCUGGUCCUUGGCUUCAGGACUUUGCCUCCAAAGCUCCCAUUCCCAUUCAAUGCCUACCUCCCUGGGGCCCCCAGAGGCUUGGGGACCCAAGAGCCCACUUGAGGGCCUCUCAAGGUCAAAGACAAAACCUCCAGGUCCUACACCCUUCUGUCCUUCUCUUUGCCCAGGACCUGAGCUGAGAACUGGGCCAGGGUCUGCAGAAGAUGGUGCCUGGGGCCCCAAUCUAGGACAGAGAAGGAUUUGGGGUUUGGCAAGGGUGGUCACGGAAAGAGGGUCACCUGCAUCCAAAGUUUAGGAGAGUUUCUUCCAUCCUCCUGCCCUCUGC